AGAACUCUACUCUUCGCCACAGACAAGCUUAAUAUCUACCAUAAGAAUAAUAGAGCAAAGGAACAUGAGUGGAGAUUUCCUAAGCAAGAAUCUAAGCAUCUCAGCCUUGAAAACUAACAUCACAAUGCUGAAUGGAAGCUACUACACUGAUUCUUCAUAUUGCAAAGUCAAGAUCCAAGCCAUAAGUGUGCUUUCCAUCAUCAUUUCCCUGCUUGGGAUGGGACUCAAUGCCAAAGUGAUGUGGCUUCUGGGCAUACGUAUGCAUAGGAAUGCCUUCUCUGUCUACAUCUUCAACCUGGCUAUGGCUGACUUUCUCUUCCUGUGCUCUCAGUUUGUGUUUUCCCUUCUUUUUGCCAUUUACUUUCUUUACUCGAUUUUUCUUGAAAUCCCUUUGGUUUUUUAUGUUUUGAGAAUAUUUUUUUAUCUUUCUGGUCUGAGCAUUCUCAGCACCAUUAGUAUUGAACGCUGCUUGUCUGUAAUAUGGCCCAUCUGGUAUCACUGUAAUCGUUCAAAACGCACAUCAGCUAUCACAUGUUUUGUGCUUUGGGCUAUGUCCCUGUUGUCGGGUCUCCUGGAAGGGAUGGCAUGUGGCUUACUGUUUAAUAGUUUUGACAUUUAUUGGUGUCUAGCUUCUGAUGUCAUCACUAGUGUAUGGUUAAUUGCUUCAUUUGUUGUUCUCAUUGGGUCGAACCUCACCCUGCUUGUCAGGAUCUUCUGUGGCUCACAGCGAAUUCCUGUGACCAGGCUUUAUGUAACCAUUGCAUUCACAGUGUUGGUCUUCCUGAUCUUUGGUCUUCCCUUUGAGGUCUAUUGGCUACUCUAUCUAUGGGUUGGUGAUUUACAUUACAUUAACAAUUGUGAUGUUUUUUAUGAUACACAAUUCCUAUCCUGUGUUAACAGCUGCACCAACCCCAUCAUUUACUUCCUCGUUGGCUCUAUUAGGCGCCGAAGGUUCAGAAGGAAGACUCUGAAGCUACUUCUGCAGAGAGCCAUGCAGGACAUCCCUGAGGAGGAAGAAUGUGUAGAUAACAAUGCUUUGGAGCACCCUGAAGAACUGGAAAGAGUUCAGAGCAGCAGCUGAGAGCUGCUUGAACGAUAAAAGGUUUUGGGGGAAACAUUUUUCUUAUCAGCGUGGACCAUUUUUGCAACCUUCUUCAGUUUGUUACCUCAUCUUCAAUUGGUUAAUUACAGCAGUAAUUUUUGUAAAAGUUGAGAGAAAUGGGUCUUGUCAUACAAAUACUGACUGUGGCAUUUCUGAAGCUGUGUUACUUAGGGCUUUACAAUCUUCUUUUGAUGGGACUCCUUGUGUAAGUGUUCUGUGGUAGAGAACUGCUCCUACUGUUGACAAACUCUCCUUAAUUACAAGGCAAAUGGAAGUAUAAGGAAGGGCAGUAGUCACUGAAAUUUAUAAUGCUUUCACAAAUGUUGUAUCUUGCAAAUAUUCUUUUUAAACACCCUUCUCAGUGUUUAAGACUUAAAUACAUACAGUUUAAUAUCAUAGUCCUUAUUAAUUUCUCCAGGUUUAUAAAUUAUUUAGUAAAAAAUAAACCUUCUCAAAGGAAGACUGUUAAAUCUUUCUUCAUCCAAAUGAGUACUCACUCUGGACAACAAAUUCACUGUCUCUAAUUUUUAAAAUUGGAUAAGUGCACAUAUGUUUUGCAAUGAGAUCCAUCA